AUGGCGGACAGAGACAGCGGCAGCGAGCAGGGCGGCGGCGGCGGGGGCGCGGCGGGCGCCGGGGGGCCGGGCGCGGGCGGCGGCGGCCCGGGCGGCGGCGGCGGCGGCGGCGGGGGCCCGGGCGGCGGGCUGCAGCACGAGACGCAGGAGCUGGCCUCCAAGCGGGUGGACAUCCAGAACAAGCGCUUCUACCUGGACGUGAAGCAGAACGCCAAGGGCCGCUUCCUCAAGAUCGCCGAGGUGGGCGCGGGCGGCAACAAGAGCCGCUUGACCCUCUCCAUGUCGGUGGCCGUCGAGUUCCGCGACUACCUGGGCGACUUCAUCGAGCACUACGCGCAGCUGGGGCCCAGCCAGCCCCCCGAGCUGGCGCAGGCGGCCGACGAGCCCCGGCGGGCGCUGAAGAGCGAGUUCCUGGUGCGGGAGAACCGCAAGUACUACAUGGAUCUGAAGGAGAACCAGCGCGGGCGCUUCCUGCGCGUCCGCCAGACCGUGAACCGCGGCCCGGGGCUGGGCUCCACGCAGGGCCAGACCAUCGCGCUGCCCGCACAGGGCCUCAUCGAGUUCCGCGACGCCCUGGCCAAGCUCAUCGACGACUACGGCGUGGAGGAGGAGCCGGCCGAGCUGCCCGAGGGCACCUCCUUGACUGUGGACAACAAGCGUUUCUUCUUCGACGUGGGUUCCAACAAGUACGGCGUGUUCAUGCGGGUGAGCGAGGUGAAGCCCACCUACCGCAACUCCAUCACCGUCCCUUACAAGGUCUGGGCCAAGUUCGGCCACACCUUCUGCAAGUACUCGGACGAGAUGAAGAAGAUCCAGGAGAAGCAGCGGGACAAGCGCGCCGCCGCCGCCGCCGCCCCCGCCGUGGGCGCCGAGCCGCCCCCCGAGGCCGAGGCGGCCGCCGCCGGGCCGCCCGGCGCGCUGCUGCAGGCCGAGGAGCCCGAGGAGGACUGA